UCCCUUUUCCCUGGUCAGUUUCACUAGGCUCUGGGGGGAAUUGAAUCGAUUGAUGCUUCCCAAGGCGAUGCUCCCUAAGCAUCAGGGAUCUGGAGAAGGGGCAUUUUCCCUCCUUCCCCCCUUUUCCUGUUGCAGAGGAUGACACUUCUUUAGGCGCCGGGCAUGAGGGGUGCUAGGUAUCUGGCUAGGGUGACCAGAUGUCCCGAUUUUAUAGGAACAGUCCCGAUAUUUGGGUUUUUUUCCUAUAUAGGCUCCUAUUACCCCCCAUCCCGAUUUUUCACACUUGCUGUCUGGUCACCCUAUAUCUGGCCCUCCAGCUGCUGCCUCGUUUCUUCCUGAAGGUCUCUGUAACCUUUGCAAACUAGAGGGAGCUGUGCAUGCGAAAACCUUAGGGCCAGGAGGAGGAGGCGAAAAACCCUUUGACGUAUCAGGAGCAACGAUUGCAAAGAGGCUUCCAGACCUUCUAGCCACCGAUUUUUUUUUUUUAUCUCCCGCCUUUCCCCAAAUCAUCCCCAACAACUGCAUCCAAACUAUGACGGGCUUCCUGAAGCUGCAGCUCCUUCCAUCCUUCCUCCCCAAAGUAGCCCGCAGGUCCCUGAAACCAGAGAAGAACUGAUGGAUGCAAAAGGCUGAAAAGUCUCUUCCCACUCCCGCCCCCUUUUCUUUGUGCAGUUGCCUUGCAAAAAGCUACUGGUGGUGGUUGGAGAUCACGGUUGCGGUUGUGUUGUGUUUGCAGCUGCUUUCCUGGAUCCUGUACAGGAGAUGAGCUCUCAAGGAAAGCAUCAUAACAACCCUCUCAAAAUCUAACAAAGAAGAAGAAAGCUGUCACUGGACUCUUCCAAGCUAGACUUUUGCUAAAGUUUUCCAGUCCUGCUUUUGUGAAUGUCUCUUAAGAGGGAGGAGGUUUGAUUAUUAUUAUUUUUUUUGUAAGAUCCCUGUUUAUUUGGGCUUUGGAAUAAAUCACUGUCUUUCCUCCCCCACCAGAAAUAAAAACUGAAUGAUGGAUGUGUGCCAAUAUGUACUGGAGGUGGUGUUGUUUUUCCAGGAAUUGCGUGUAUGAGGGUUUGACACUUCAGCAGCCUUAACUGUAAACCAAGGAAGUUUCUGGUGGUGAUGGGAAAUAAAUAUAUACACAGCUUCGUAUCUGACAAGAAAAUGUAGCUGGAAUGCGAUUCCGUUCCCCGGAUCUCUUAAAGGAUUCUAACUGGAUAGACAAAGACUUAAAAGAACCGCUGGUUAUAUAUUUAUGUAUUUAAGAGGAACUUUGUAAAGGCAGUUUUUAAAUGGACAUUAAUGUGCCUGGCUGGUGUUUGAACAGAUGAGGUGUUCAUUGUCUAGGGUUGUUUGGGGUUUUUUUUUUUAAAUGUUUCUUUCCAGACCAUAGGAAAUUGUCUUUGCGGGAUGCUCUAUUGUUGCUUAGAUCUGAUCGUUCCAUAAUGAACUGGUAAAUUUCUUCUCUCUCUUUCUUUCCCCUUUAAAAGCGCUAAUGCUUUGUAAAUGCUCGGUAUUGCAAAUCCGUUUUAGGGAUUAAAACCGAUCUCUUAGAAAGACACUCUGAAGCUUUCAUUCGAGACAGGUUUUUGGCUGCGUGUGUCUAUUUUUUGAAGCUUAGUGCAGGGGAGAUGACAUUUUUUUUAAAAAAGACUUUUUCUCCCCUCAAUUUUCCAUUGCAUUUGAACUGGUAAUAGAUUGUGGAAACCUUCCGUGAUCCAACCCCCACACACAGAUCUGGUUUGAUGGAGAGAGGACAUUUCAUUUCCAACUCCUGGAGAAGCUCGCUCUGGGAUAAGACAUCAGUCUGAGACAUAAACAUUGGCGACCUCUCGAUGCGCAGGGUCUCCUGAAAGGAAGAUGAAUGACGCCCAAUUUGGAUUAUAAAUCAUGGGGACCCACUAAGGCUUAUCUGAUGGCAGCUUGAGAAUUCUUCCCAACCCACUUGUUCUGCCCAGAGAGGUCGAGGUUUUGUUGUCAGGCUGGAACAAAUGGCCAAGUGGCUGAAAGAUUACUUGAGUUUUGGGAGCAGGAGGUCUCCUCCACAGCCCCCCACGCCCGACUACACGGAGAGUGAGAUUUUAAAGGCUUACAGAGCGCAGAAGAGCAUGGAUUUUGAGGAUCCCUAUGAAGACAGCGACAAUAAGCUGGAGCCGGAGCCUGGGGGGUCGGGCUCCCCAAAUACAGCAGCUGCUGGUGGCUGUGCGGAAGGGAAAUACACCUCCCCAAAACACAGGCUUAUCAAAGUGGAGUCCAAAGCUCUGUUGGCGACGGCUGCUGAGGAACUCAAAGGCGGGCAAGAGCAGGGCGAUGGCGACAGCGAGUACUCCGACCCCUUCGAUGCCCGCCGGGAGCAGCCAGGGGACGCCGAGGAGACGGUGCCGGAGAACAACGGCUACAUGGAGCCCUACGAUGCCCAACGGGUGGUGGCAGAUCUCCAGGGCAAAGGCGACUGGGAGGGCCGGUGGGGGAAGCAGUGCCAGCAGGGGCUGCAGCUUUACGACACCCCCUAUGAAGAGCAGGAGCGAGACCCCGAGGGCGGCCCAGCCAGCCCGGCCCGCGAGAGCCGCCUGCCCCAAGACGACGAGCGGCCGGCCGACGAGUACGAUCAGCCCUGGGAGUGGAAGAAAGACCACAUCUCCCGGGCCUUCGCAGUGCAGUUCGAGAACCCCGACUGGGAGCGCCCCUCCUCCCUGAACAAAGAGCGCCGUCGGCCGCCGAAGCACCUGACGGCAGGCCCCAAGCACGGCCGACCGCAGAGCCCGGAGCGCAGCCCCCCCGUGGCCGAGCGCGUGGACCCCUCGCUGCCACUGGAGAAGCAGAUGUGGUACCACGGCUCCAUCAGCAGAGCGGACGCCGAGACCCUGCUGACUCUGUGCAAAGAAGGCAGCUACCUGGUGCGGAACAGCGAAACCAGCCACCAUGACUACUCCCUGUCGCUCAGGAGCACCCAGGGCUUCAUGCACAUGAAGUUCACCAGGACCAGGGAGAACAAGUACGUGCUGGGCCAGAACAGCGCCCCCUUCGAGAGCAUCCCCGAGGUCAUCCACUACUACACGGUGCGGGAGCUGCCCGUCAAAGGGGCCGAGCAACUCUCGCUGCUGUACCCCGUCGCUGUGCAGACCCUCUGACCCGGGGGGCGCUUGCUGACCACGAGGAAGGGCUGGUCCGGCCCCAGCCCAGCCCCCAGGGGCGACUGGGGCUGCAUGCUGCGUGCCCGGUCGUUUCAGCACGGGGGACUCCUGCUCCGAAG